CCCAGAGAGGGAGGGAGAACGAGCUCUACGUCAAACGUGAGGAAAGUCCGUUUUUAAAAUAUUAAGAUUAAUUUAUUAAUUCCUCGUCUCGUUAAGGAUUAUUUUAUCAGUGUUACUCACUGGAAUUAAUUGCGUACUUUUAAGGCCAAUGACGAUGCCUUCUGUGAAGUAUCAGAAAGGGGAGAUGGUGAUGGGCCGCUGGCCUGGGAGCAGCCUGUAUUAUGAGGUCAAGGUGCUGCACUAUGAUGCCAACAGUCAGCUUUACACCGUCAUCUACAAGGAUGGUACUGAGCUGGAGCUCAAGGAGCAAGACAUCAAGAAUGCUGCUGGUUUCCAGACCCGCUCUCGCUCCCGCUCUCGUUCUCGAUCACCAGGCCGCCGUCGUAGCCGGUCGCGCUCCCCAGCGAGAACCACGCGGCGCUCGUCUUCCCGCACAGCGGCGGCCGUCGCUACUGCAGCUAUAACAGAAAGUGCACCGUCCUCCCGCAGGGAUGCAAAGCUGAAGGAUACCCCAGAAGUCAGGAUCAGUCCCCUGACACAGACAAAAGCAGCUGAGAACAAUAGCAACAAUAAGCAUGAAAAGAAAGAGGAGAAACAAAAAGAAGAGAAUAACACUGCUAACAAAGUAAAUGAGUCUGAGUCCAAGGUGGAGGCGGAGUCUGAGAAGAACCAAGGCCGUUACAAUCUGCGCCGCAGGAAGGACGACGGAGAUGCCAAAGCACUUGAGACCAAACCAGAGAAGCUAGAGGAGAAGGAUGCCAAGCUGGCUGCAGCUCCUGCUGCCUCGCUCUCCACUCCACUUGACUUUGGAGGAAAGAUAGGAGCAUACUUCUGGCUGCUCUUUCUGCCAGCCUGGGUUCUCUUCUUGGUACUCCAAGUCAACCUGGAGGACCCCAGCCUGGCCAACUUCCCCCCUCCUUUGCCCCCUCUUGAAGCUUUCUGGGAUGCCCAGGCUCUUGGCUUUGUCAUCCUCUGGGUCUUAUUCCAGGUCCUGCUCUACAUCCUGCCUGUUGGAAAGCUGAGUGAAGGCAUGCCACUGAGGUCUGGGGAGAGGCUGAAGUACAGGACCAAUGGUUUCUUUGCUAUCGUGGUGAGCGCUGUAGCCGUAGCAGCAGCAGUGCACCAGGGCGUUGACCUCACCUACAUCCACAGCCACUUCCUGCAGCUGGCCAUGGCCUCCCUCCUCAUCUCCGUCCUGCUUAGCAUCUACUUGUAUGCCCGCUCUCGCUACGCUGCCCCAGAGCAGCUGGCACUGGGGGGGAACUCUGGCAAUGUGGUUUAUGACUUUUUUAAAGGACAUGAGCUCAAUCCCCGCAUCAAAGACUUCGAUCUGAAAUUCUUCUGUGAGAUGCGCCCUGGUCUGAUUGGCUGGUGUGUGAUCAACUUUGCAAUGGCGCUGGCUGAGAUGAAGCAGCAGGGUCUGGAUGCUCCAUCUUACUCCAUGAUCCUUGUGAACCUCUUCCAGCUUCUCUAUGUGGUGGACGGCCUCUGGAAUGAGGAGGCCAUCCUGACCACCAUGGACUUGAUGCACGAUGGUUUUGGCUUCAUGUUGGCGUUUGGUGAUCUGGUGUGGGUUCCCUUCACCUACACCCUGCAGGCCUAUUACCUGGUCAGCCACCCUAACCCGCUGAGCCUCCCCGCCCUCGCAGCCAUUGUCACACUCAAACUCGUCGGCUUCUACAUCUUCAGGAUGUCCAACUCUGAGAAGAACGCCUUCAGGAGAAACCCAUCAGACCCCAAACUGUCUCAUUUGAAGACUAUUACCACAGCUACUGGGAAGAGUCUGCUGGUGUCUGGCUGGUGGGGCGUGGUCCGCCACCCUAACUACCUGGGAGACCUUAUGAUGGCCCUGGCCUGGUCUCUACCCUGUGGCUUCAGCCACCUCCUGCCGUGGUACUACAUGAUCUACUUCAUCAUCCUGCUCGUGCACCGAGACUCCCGCGACAUGAGCGAGUGCAGGAGGAAGUACGGCUCGGCGUGGGACGAGUACUGCCGAACAGUUCGCUACCGGAUCAUUCCCCGCGUCUACUGAGGAACCCAACGCUGGACACUCCCCAGCUGAGGCCUUUUUUUGACCCGAUACUGGGUGAAGGCUCACAAAAACCCCAAAUAUGAAUGGAUUGACUGACUGAUUUGUCUUUUUUAGAAUCUCUUUUUUUAAACCAAGAAUUUUAUAAAAUCUUGAUUCCGGACUGAAGGUGCUGCAGUAUUUUGAAUUUAUUAUUUUUUUUAUGAAAGGAAAAAAAGACACUCAUUGGUAUUAUGGAUUGUUUGAAGAAUUGCCUUUUUAAAUAGAAAAUACUCAAAACUACAUACUUUUAAAAAGUUUACAAAACGGGGGGGAAAAAACGCCUCUGCUAGGAAUGUCUCGUCAGGAUGUAUAUUUUGUAUAUACACAUUUGUUUUUAUACUUCAAGAAUAACUCACCACUCGCAUCAUUUUUGAUAAGUCUUACUCUUUGCUCACAAAAUAUUCCAAUAUCAGCUUGGCUAUUAUGAAUCAUUUUGUAAGUACGCCUUCCUACUAUAACUAUACUGCUUGUGUAUAUUGUGAAGGAUGGGAUUAAAAAUGCUACUUUUUAAAUGAGCUGUACGGUGGAACUAGGACUCAUGUCCUUUCUCAGGACCCGGCAUGAUGUUGUCAGAAAGUUGAAUUAGAAAAGUUUUGUCUUAAUAAUUCUGUUGUGUAUAAUUUUAUAUAGAUAUCUAGUUUUGACUUUUGAGAGUGUAAAAUGAUUUUGGUGGUUUCAGGAAAAAUGCACUAAUGCGUUAAGGCAUUUUCUUUCCUUUACGUUAUCAAUUCCAAAGUGUAUUCGAUUUGGCUUUGCUACCUCAGGUUCACUCACUGUCCAGUCCUUCCUUCUCUGUGCCCUCUGGGAGGCAGUGUGUGUAAUUAUGAGUGUGACAUUACUGCUUAGCAAAGAAAAAUGAGUUUUUUAUUUCAGCAAUAACGUUAGUAUCUGUUACAACAAGUGGCACCCAUCCACAUCCCACGAGUCCCGCCUUUAGAAUUCCCAACUGCUUCUAUUUCCUGCAUUUUUAUGGCGCUGAUGAAGCCAUUUGUAUUUUGUCCUGCCUGUUUCUGGAACAUAUACUCUACUAUGAACUGGUUGUUAAUUUGUCACCACUGCCACAUUAAUUUGAACCCGUUUAAGCUUUAACUUGCCAGGUCAUGUGACUAUUUCAGUGAAGUUUAUACUGUGACAACAAGCAGAGCUGUUGACUGUGUUAGCAAACCCAAAAAAAAUAUUUUAUGCAUGUGCAGCUGUAGAUGAGAAUAUAAGUAGCAAUAUGUUAAAUAGACUAGGUAGCAAAUUUUAAUGCUGUGCGAACUAAAUACCAUGUAAAUAUUGUUUUUUGUUUUGUUUUGAAUCAUGUUUUUUUUUUUUUUUGAGUAAAAGAAUAGUGACAAUAGUAAUGUUUCUCAUUAGGUAUUUAAUGUUGCUUUUUAUUUGGGAUUUUUUUAAGUUAACUACCUAAUUUUGACCACUGUAGUUAUGUUUACAGCUAGAUCUGCCAUUUUUCUGGACUAUAUUUCAAAAUGUACUUCAAAUGUAAAAUGGUGUGCGACACUCUAAUCAGAGAAAACAUGUUUGAUACUUGAGAUGCCACCAUUCUGUACAACAUAUGGUAAAUAUUUGUUCUUAAUAUUUAGUGGUAAACUUCUCUCCUUGGUUUGGCGGUCUGUCAGUGGAAAGCAAUAAGUCGGAUGUACUUGGAUAUGCGACAGUAAUGAAUGAGAAGUUAACAGGUCCAGCAGGCUGUCGGUGAGGAGGAAUCAGAUCUGUGACGGCUGGAAAAAGCUUAUCUGUACAAAUGUUGCAGCAGAAAAUAAAGAUUUACAGUAUUUCCCUUUU